CCCCGGGUUUGACUGCGUCCGCCCUGCAAUGGACCCCAACACCAUUAUCGAGGCCCUGCGGGGCACCAUGGACCCAGCCCUGCGUGAGGCCGCGGAGCGCCAGCUCAAUGAAGCACAAAAGUCUCUGAAUUUUGUUUCAACACUGCUUCAGAUUACUGUGUCGGAACAACUGGAUUUACCUGUGAGACAGGCAGGUGUUAUCUAUUUGAAAAAUAUGAUAACACAGUAUUGGCCUGAUCGGGAAACGGCACCAGGGGAUAUAUCCCCUUAUACUAUUCCAGAAGAAAAUCGACAUUGUAUUCGAGAAAAUAUUCUAGAAGCCAUUAUCCACUCUCCUGAGCUCAUCAGGGUACAGCUUACUACAUGCAUUCAUCAUAUCAUCAAACGUGAUUAUCCAAGUCGCUGGACUGCCGUUGUGGACAAAAUUGGCUUUUACCUUCAGUCUGAUAACAGUGCAUGUUGGCUAGGAAUUCUUCUUUGCCUCUAUCAGCUUGUGAAAAAUUAUGACUACCCAUCUUCCUGCUAAGGAAUGUUCCAGCUGUUGCUCCAACCUCUGUCAGAGUGCCAGUUGUAGUUCUGGUGGAAGAAACCAGAGGAACGGAGUCCAUUGGUAGCAGCAGUGCAACAUUUCCUGCCAGUUCUAAAGGACCGUUUUAUCCAGCUUCUUUCUGAUCAGUCUGAUCAAUCUGUCCUCAUCCAGAAACAAAUUUUCAAGAUCUUCUCUCUUGUUCAGUAUACACUACCACUGGAGCUGAUAAACCAACAGAACCUGACAGAAUGGAUAGAAAUUUUAACGACUGUUGUGAACAGGGAUGUACCUAAUGAAACACUUCAAGUUGAAGAAGAUGAUAGACCUGAGUUACCAUGGUGGAAAUGUAAGAAGUGGGCUUUACGUAUCUUAGCAAAGCUUUCUGAAAGAUAUGGAGGCCCUGGCAGUGUUUCCAAGGAGUAUAAUGAAUUUGCUGAAGUAUUUCUGAAGGCAUUUGCUGUUGAUGUCCAACAAGUUUUAUUGAAGGUGUUAUAUCAGUACAAGGAGAAGCAAUAUAUGGCUCCUCGAGUUUUACAACAGACAUUAAAUUAUAUUAAUCAAGGAGUUUCUCAUGCUCUCACCUGGAAGAAUCUGAAGCCUCAUAUACAAGGCAUUAUCCAAGAUGUUAUUUUUCCAUUGAUGUGCUGUACAGAUGCUGAUGAGGAACUUUGGCAAGAAGACCCCUAUGAAUAUAUACGCAUGAAGUUUGAUGUGUUUGAGGAUUUCAUCUCUUCUACCACUGCUGCCCAGGCACUUUUGUUUACAGCUUGUAGUAAGAGGAAAGAGGUACUACAAAAGACUAUGGGAUUUUGCUACCAGAUUCUUACAGAACCAAAUGCUGAUCCUCGAAAAAAAGAUGGCGCCCUGCAUAUGAUUGGCUCUUUAGCUGAAAUACUUCUGAAGAAAAAGAUCUACAAAGAUCAGAUGGAAUAUAUGUUGCAGAAUCAUGUAUUCCCUCUCUUCAGCAGUGAACUAGGCUACAUGAGAGCGAGGGCUUGCUGGGUCCUUCACUAUUUUUGUGAAGUGAAGUUCAAAAGUGACCAGAACCUGCAAACAGCCCUAGAGCUGACACGAACAUGUCUGAUUGAUGAUAGGGAAAUGCCUGUUAAAGUGGAAGCUGCCACUGCACUUCAAGUGCUGAUCAGCAAUCAAGAGAAAGCUAAAGAAUACAUCACACUAUUCAUCAGACCUGUCAUGCAGGCUCUUCUUCAUAUUAUAAGAGAAACAGAAAAUGAUCUUACCAAUGUAAUUCAGAAAAUGAUCUGCGAGUAUAGUGAAGAAGUUACUCCUAUUGCAGUAGAAAUGACACAACAUUUGGCAAUGACAUUUAAUCAAGUAAUCCAGACUGGGCCAGUUGAAGAAGGAAGUGAUGACAAAGCAGCUACUGCUAUGGGAAUCCUGAAUACCAUCAACACACUUUUUAGUGUAGUUGAAGAUCAUAAAGAAAUAACCCAGCAGCUUGAAGGAAUCUGCUUACAGGUCAUUGGAACUGUUUUACAACAGCAUGUCUUAGAAUUCUACGAGGAGAUCUUCUCUUUAGCACAUAGUUUGACAUGUCAACAAGUGUCUCCACAGAUGUGGCAGCUACUACCUCUGGUAUUUGAGGUUUUUCAGCAAGAUGGCUUUAAUUACUUUACAGAUAUGAUGCCUCUACUUCAUAAUUAUGUAACAGUUGAUACAGACACACUUCUGUCUGAUACCAAGUACCUUGAAAUGAUAUACAGUAUGUGCAAAAAGGUUCUUACAGGAGUUGCAGGAGAAGAUGCAGAAUGUCAUGCAGCAAAAUUGUUAGAGGUCAUCAUUCUGCAGUGCAAAGGGCGUGGCAUUGACCAGUGUAUUCCCUUAUUCAUGGAAGCAGCUUUAGAGAGACUGAAAAGAGAGGUGAAGACAAGUGAACUUCGAACAAUGUGCCUGCAAGUUGCCAUUGUAGCUUUGUAUUAUAAUCCACACCUACUUCUCAACACCUUAGAAAAUCUUCACUUCCCUAAUAAUAUUGAACCAGUUACAAAUCAUUUUAAUACACAGUGGCUUAAUGAUGUUGAUUGUUUCUUGGGGCUUCACGACAGAAAGAUGUGUGUUCUGGGCCUAUGUGCUCUUAUUGAUAUGGAACAAAUACCACAAGUUUUAAAUCAGGUUUCUGGACAGAUUUUGCCAGCUUUUAUUCUUUUAUUUAAUGGAUUAAAAAGAGCAUAUGCCUGCCAUGCAGAACACGAGAAUGACAGUGAUGAUGAUGAUGAUGAAGCUGAAGAUGAUGAUGAAUGGGAGGAACUGGGGAGUGAUGAAGAUGAUAUUGAUGAAGAUGGACAAGAAUAUUUGGAGAUCCUGGCUAAGCAAGCGGGCAAAGAUGGAGAUGAUGAAGACUGGGAAGAAGAUGAUGCUCAAGAAACUGCCCUGGAAGGCUAUUCCACGAUCAUUGAUGAUGAAGAUAACCCCGUUGAUGAGUAUCAGAUAUUUAAAGCUAUAUUUCAAACUAUACAAAAUCGUAAUCCCGUGUGGUAUCAGGCUCUGACUCAUGGUCUUAAUGAAGAACAAAGAAAACAGUUACAGGAUAUAGCAACUCUAGCUGAUCAAAGAAGAGCAGCCCAUGAAUCCAAAAUGAUUGAGAAGCAUGGAGGAUACAAAUUCAGUGCUCCAGUUGUGCCAAGUUCUUUCAAUUUUGGAGGCCCGGCACCAGGGAUGAAUUGAGUUACCACUUUCCUGCAGUGUGAUUGUAGUGAAGAGCUUGUGUUCCUCCUAGUAGCGGUUCCAGAACUGGUUCAUGUUAUCCACUCUAAACUAACUGAUCAAUAGAUGGACCAAAAAAAACCCAGGAGGUGGGACCUGAUCAUGCAAC